AUGGAGGAGGUGAUGGAGGAGGUGAUGGAGGAGGUGAUGGAGGAGGUGAUGCAGGAGGUGAUGGAGGAGGUGAUGGAGGAGGUGAUGGAGGAGGUGAUGGAGGAGGUGAUGGAGGAGGUGAUGCAGGAGGUGAUGGAGGAGGUGAUGGAAGAGGUGAUGGAGGAGGUGAUGGAGGAGGUGAUGGAGGAUGUGAUGGAGGAAGUGAUGGAGGAGGUGAUGGAGGAGGUGAUGGAGGAGGUGAUGGAGGAGGUGAUGGAGGAGGUGAUAGAGGAGGUGAUAGAGGAGGUGAUAGAGGAUGUGAUGGAGGAGGUGAUGGAGGAGGUGAUGGAGGAGGUGAUGGAGGAGGUGAUGGAGGAGGUGAUGGAGGAGGUGAUAGAGGAUGUGAUGGAGGAGGUGAUGGAGGAGGUGAUAGAGGAGGUGAUAGAGGAUGUGAUGGAGGAGGUGAUGGAGGAGGUGAUGGAGGAGGUGAUGGAGGAGGUGAUAGAGGAUGUGAUGGAGGAGGUGAUGGAGGUGAUGAGGAGGUGA